CACAAGGAAAACAAGCCCCUGAUUUGCUUGGCUUCAACGGAAUACAACCUAGAAGCUCCCAAACCCAUCUAGCAUUCCACUCUUUAACACUGCACACUUGUAACGCUCUAAGGCAUUCACGUCUGCCUGAGGAAUAACUUGUUAACCAAGCACAUAACAAAAUCUCAAACCCCACCUUAUCAAUAACAAACAUUAUCAAAAUCUAUCGUAAAUCCAACUCUAUUUUUCAGGAAAGUUCCGAUCUCUGAGCAAAAGUUUGAAUCUGGCACCCCAAAAAACAUGGCUAAGAAGGAGAUGGAAGUGGUGAAGGGUCUUGAUUUAAAGCGGUACAUGGGGAGAUGGUAUGAGAUUGCUUCAUUCCCUUCUAGGUUUCAGCCCAAGAAUGGAGUGGACACUAGGGCUACCUACACUUUGAAUGAAGAUGGGACUGUGCAUGUUUUGAAUGAGACAUGGGCAGAUGGUAAAAGAAGCUUCAUAGAAGGCAGUGCCUACAAGGCUGAUCCUAACAGUGAUGAGGCCAAGCUCAAGGUUAAGUUUUAUGUGCCUCCUUUCUUGCCAAUCAUCCCUGUUGUUGGAGACUACUGGGUUCUGUUCAUUGAUGAUGAAUAUCAGUAUGCUCUGAUUGGUCAGCCUAGCAGGAGAUAUCUCUGGGUACUAUGCAGGAGGACUCAUCUAGAUGAGGAGAUCUACAACCAGCUGGUAGAGAGGGCCAAGAGUGAAGGCUAUGAUGUGAGCAAACUGCACAAGACACCACAGAGUAAUCCACCACCCGAGGGAGAUGAAAGCCCCAAGGACACCAAAGGCAUAUGGUGGAUCAAAUCCAUGUUCGGAAAAUAAAAUGAGGAAAACAGAAAUUUGGGUCUCAAAGUCAUAAAUAACUACUUGAAAAAACCCUGUCUGCAGUAGUAGAUAAGAGUGUAUGUAUCUGUACACUUAAAAAAGAUGUAUGUUGCUUUUAUAUUUUGGCUUUUGUGACUACAAAGGAGUAGUGUGUGUUUGAGUCAUGUGAGUGUCUUGUCUAUGGUGCUUGGUUGGUGUCCUUAUAUGUGAAAUGGUGAUGCAUAAGCUUCACCAGCUGUGAUUAUGAUAGGGUUGGAAUCUUGGAUGGCAAUAUGGAGUAAAAGGUGCCUUUGGAACUUUGUAGGAGAUGUGUAUUUUGAUGUUAUGUGUAUUUUGAUGUUAUCUGUUUCUUUGAGGGAAAGUAAAAUGGUUUUGUUCU